ACGAGUGAAUGUACGGGCCUGAGUGAAGCAGAGGAUGAUGGGAGCUCUGCAGGUGCAGAGCAAUGGCGGCGGUGCUGGCGAGGGGCUCUUAGCUGAUGAUCCUGGGUACGUGGAGGUUGAUACCACGGGGAGGUAUGGCAGCCUGGCAGGGUAAGGCCGACCGGUGCAGCGGUGCUCUUCUUCCUCCUCCUCCUCAGUCCGAUGAGUCGAAACCGGUCGAGGACUUGGAGAUGCAGGAUUCGUCGGGUGAGGAGGAUGAGCCAUGGAGGUAUAACAGCGACGGUGAAGUUUUACCACCUGGCCAGUUGUUAGAUGAUAUGGCGGUCAAGGUGCUAUUUGAGACGCCCUCUGGCUUUGCAAUUUUCCAUUAUGAUGGAUACAAGCUCUGUCACCAAGUUGACUCGGAGGAAAUCUGGGCAGACUUUGUUGAUCCUGAUUCGGCGGCAGACGAAGUUGAUCUUUUAGAAUUUAAAACUUUUGAGAACAAGGUGCACGUGAUUAGUCAAAGUACUGGUGUCAGUAAAGAGCUUGCUACAAUGAUCCGGGAUAAUCUCAAACCUCGUCAGCGGCUAGCUGUUGGAAAUGAGGAUUAUAAAAGUAUCAUUGAAAAGGAAUUGAAUAUAUCCUGUGUGUGUGAUUCUGCUACAGCGGAGUUGAUGUGGGGCUUAAAGAUUCAGAUGCAGUCUUUACUGCCUCCAGAAAACUCAGAUCUGAGGAACGAGGAUUACUUCCCAAUGAGCACAGGAAUGUAUCGUUUCCUGAAGGGGCAUAAGAUUGAUGUUGAACCAGAUAUGAUGGUUACUAGACGUGUUAUUAAGUUGGCAUCCCUCAUGUUUGAAUGUGAUUGCCGUGUUAACGAAAGUAGAAACACCUUGCACUCUGUUGCUGCGCACAUUAAGAAAAUAUCUCGCAUUAAUACUGAGGAUUGGGAUUUACACAAAAUUGCGGUCGCGCUCAAGAUUAUAUGUUGCCCUGAAGAAAACAAUGCCGCUACCCAACAGUGGUUUUCAACACAACAUUUGAGGAAGCUUAAGUUUGAUGCACCUAAGUACAAAAUGUUCUUGAAGGAGGCAUCCUUGGCACUCUAUGAUGAAGUGCACCAUCACUGUGAUCUUAGGUUUAAGGCGGGUCAAGAGUUGACCCGUUUGAUCAAACUGGCCAAAAAGGUUGAUGUUGAGCAACCACGUGAAGCUGCUAUUGAUCAAGAUGAUCUUGAUGGGAAGAAGAUUUAUCCUGAUAUUGACCCUGCCAUCCUUGAUGAACUUAAAGAGUAUGGUACUGUGAUAUCAGCACGUCGUCUGGAAAGACAGGUUCCCCCAACUCUGGCACGGGUUGAUGAACUUGAGAGAUAUACUCAGAUCUCCAGCCAUCCUCUUCACAUGAUGAACAAACCAGGCAUUUUAUCUAUGGACAUCCAUCCUUUGAAGGACAUUGUUGCAACUGGGGGUAUGGAUACAAAUGCAGUACUCUUUGAUCGGCUGUCCGGUCAAAUUUUGUGCACGCUUACUGGUCACUCAAAGAAGAUAACCAGUUUAAAAUUUGCUAAUCGGGGUGAACUCAUCGUAACUGGAUCAGCAGAUAAGACUGUUCGCAUUUGGCAAGGGAGCGAGGAUGGAAACUAUAGCUGUAUCCAUACACUGAAAGAUCAUGCUGCAGAGGUUGAAGCUGUUAGAGUUCAUGCGACUCAGAAGUACUUUGUGACUGCUUCCAAGGAUAAUUGGCGCUUCUAUGAUGCUUCAACAGGAUCUCGCCUGACACAGGUUGGUGUUGAGGCUUCUGGACAAGAGGGUUAUACAUCUGCAUCAUUCCAUCCAGAUGGUCUUAUCCUUGGAACUGGAACUACUGAUGGUUCUGUCAAAAUUUGGGAUGUGAAGACUCAGUCAAAAGUUGCAAAGUUUGAGGGGCAUGUCGGACCAGUCACUGAUAUGUCGUUCUCUGAAAAUGGUUACUUCCUUGCAACUGCUGCUCUUGAUGGUGUCAAGCUUUGGGAUAUUCGGAAACUAACAAGAAAUUUCAGCACCUUUUCUCCCUAUGAUUCAGACACACCAACCAAUGCUGUGGAAUUUGAUUUUAGUGGAUGCUAUCUUGCUGUUGGUGGCUUGGAUACAAGAGUUUGCCAAGUAGCAAAUGCUAUGAUCGAAUGGAAUGUUAUCAGGGUGCUACCUGAUCUAUCAGGGAUAGGGAAAGUAACUUCUGUGAAGUUUGGAACCGACGCUAAGUACAUCGCAGUAGGUUCAAUGGACCGAAACUUACGGAUAUUUGGGCUCCAAAGCUGCCAGCCGGCCACCCAGGACAAAACUGUGUUCUCCAUGCCAGUAUUGGCACCAGAGGGGUCCCAGUUUGAUGCUAAGCAAUAUGACAACAAGUCGAAGGAGCUAUUGCAGCAAGGUGAUACUGAAGAAUUCUUGUCGUUGUAUGACAAAGUUUGCGAAAGUUUUGACCACAUGGGGCUUCAAGAGAACCUUCUGAGAGGCAUUUAUGCGUAUGGUUUUGAGAAGCCAUUAGCUAUUCAGAAAAGAGGAAUCGUUCCCUUCAUCAAGGGGCUUGAUGUGAUUCAGCAAGCCCAAUCUGGAACGGGAAAAACAGCUACAUUCUGUUGUGGAGUUUUACAACAACUUGAUUAUGGGUUUGUUGAGUGCCAGGCAUUGGUUCUUGCUCCGACCCGUGAGCUCGCACAGCAAAUUGAGGAGGUCAUGCGUGCUAUUGGGGACUAUUUGGGUGUCAAAGUGCAUGCCUGUGUCGGUGGAACAUCUGUCCUUGAGGACCGAAGGGUUCAUGCUAGCGGCGCGCAUGUUGUUGUGGGAACACCGGGGUGUGUUUUUGAUAUGUUGCGCAGGCAGUCCCUCUGCCCGGAUCACAUUAAGAUGUUUGUUUUGAAUGAAGCUGAUGAGAUGCUCUCUCGUGGUUUCAAGGAUCAGAUCUAUGCUAUUUUCCAGCUUCUUCCUUCAAAGAUUCAGGUUGGUUUGUCCUCUGCUACCAUGCCUCUUGAGGCCCUUGAGAUAGCCCACAAGUUCAUGAACAAGCCCAUCAAUAUUCUUAUAAAGAGAGAUGAGCUCACCCUCGAGGGUAUCAAGCAAUUCUACGUCAAUGUGGAGAAAGAAGAUUGUAAGCUCGACACCCUAUGUGACCUGUAUGAGACCCUGACCAUCACCCAGUGUAUCGCCAUAUUCGUGAACACCUGCUGUAAGGUGGACUGGCUCGCAGGCAAGAUGAUGAGCAGGGGCCAUGCCGUCUCUGUGCACGGUGACAUGGACAAGGAAACCAGGGACGUUAUCAUGAGGGAGUUCAGCUCUGGGUCCUCCCCUGUGCUCAUCACCACCGACAUGCUUGCCCGUGGUAUCAACGUCCAGCAGGUAUCUCUGGUCAUCAGCUACGAUCUGCCAACCCAGGCGGAGAACUACCUCCACCGCAUUGGCCGUAGUGGUCGGUUUGGUAGGAAGGGUGCUGCCAUCAACUUUGUCACCCGUGAGGACGAGUCGAUGCUGUGUGAUCUCCAGAGGUUCUACAACGCGACCAUCGAGGAGCUGCCAGAAAAUAUCGCUGACCUUUUCUAGGAUUGUGUCCUAGGAUAAAACUGCUUAGUCGUUGUAUAUAGAAGUUUAUUUUAGUCAUCGGCAACUUUUG